AUGUCCCGUGUUAAAAGAAUUGCUAAGGAGUUAGAAGAAUGUGGCCAAGAUACACAAUCUGGUGUCUCUUUGCUGUUGGUUAACGAAACUGAUUUGACACAUUUGAACGGUUACUUUAGAGGGCCACCUGGUACCCCAUACGAAGGAGGAUUAUUCCAAGUCGAUAUCAACAUUCCAAAUGAAUAUCCCUUCAAGCCUCCACAAAUGAAGUUUUCCACAAAGAUAUAUCAUCCUAAUAUUUCUUCAGUCACCGGUGCAAUUUGUUUGGAUAUUUUGAAGGACGCAUGGACGCCGAUUUUGACAUUGAAAAGUUCGUUAAUUUCGUUACAAUCGUUGUUGCAAUCGCCAGAACCUAACGAUCCCCAGGAUGCUGAAGUUGCCAAGCAUUACUUAACCAACAAGAAGGGGUUUGAAGAAACGGCUGCUUACUGGACUAAGAUUUAUGCUUCGGACGGCGAAAAAGGUGGUAAGGGUGAUUUGAGCGAUUCGGCUUUGUAUGGAAUCGAUGACGAGAUUGUCACACAGUUUGAAAACAUGGGUUUCCCAAGAGACAAGACCAUUGAAGUUUUAAGAAGGAUGGGAAUUAAAAGUUUCAACGGAGUUGGUAACAAAAGUGACUUAGAAAAUAAGAUCUUAGAAGAAUUAUUAAGAGAAUGUCAAUAA